CAUGCCUUCCGUUUGAAACAACAGGCUGACACUUCCACAAGUCUUCAACAUAUCGGUGCUUACUUUUAAAUAGUUAUGUGAGCAGUCCAGCUUUAGAGCAAACCACAACAAACAGAAACAAAUAUUUGACCAGCAGAGUUCUGCCAACUUAACCCUUUUAAGAAAAAAUUCCACGAAUUUGUGAGCCAUUCUUGUUAUGCUGAACACUCUCUGCCGACUCGUUAGCUAACUACCUUAAUAGCUAGCUAGCUACUCAAGCCUACGGCGUUUGGUGGUUCGUGAUAUCGGAGGACACGGGGCUUUUAACGUUGGUAUUUUUAAAGUGAAUGCAUUUCGGAGUUUCGUGGGAUGACGGCAAGACAAGGAUUGCCAAAACACAAGGUGAUCUCCUCCGGGAGAUUGACAAGCAGCAGUCGAGCGCAACCCGUCAAGAAAAAGCUACCCAGUAGACCAACACUUGCCACUGAACCUCAUUACUCUCUUUACUCCACGGACUCCGAGGAUCAGGUCACAACCAUACACAAAGGAUUAGAUCGCUGUGCAGCUUUGCUCAAUGGCAUUCUUCAAGCUGAACAAGAAGAAUCCAAACCAUCAAAAGCCAAAGGAACCAAGAGCGUCCCCUCCAAACCCAAACCCAAACCUGUUACGGGGAAACGGGAGACAGACAGGAAGAAGCCUGUGAGGAAAACUAGCUGUGCUUCUGUCUCAGGUGAAAGACAAGCUCCAGUGCAGAAGACCAUCUCGUCCUCCCGCGCUCAGCCCGGGCAGAGAGGGCCGCCAUGUUAUCCCGAGGAGCCCAGACCCAUGGGAGAUCCAGGACUGGGAUCACAGGAGCCACUUCCUCAUAUGGCACCACCUGUGGCCACAGCUGCUCAGUGGGAGUUCAUGCAGACACAGGCUAGACCCCUGACCUAUCAGCAACCGCAGGGAAGCUGCAUCAGCCUCCCGUCACCUGGUCAACAGGGCUCCACUAUGUUUAACUACCGCCUGGCCACCUCCACUCCGAUACUUGGUCCUCAGGAUGCAACCAACUCCCAGCCUUGCACCUCAAACUCUAUGCAAGUCCAUCCAACACCAGAUGCACAGCUGCAGCAAUUCACUCAGCACUGGAUAAUGACUCCAGCCCCCUCUGUCCCACAUGGAGUUAUCUCCACAACCGCCACACCACAGCUGACGGUACUACAGCAUCCAGCCAUCAGCAGCAUUCCGGCUCCCUUACAUCAUAUUACCACAGCUACAACGGCCCCACCAGUAGCCAUCACAAACAUGCCUGCUCCUUUAUAUACUCACGCUGCUGUCUCAACUGCCCCAUCUCAGCAGCCUCUACUGCCCCAACAUGGGGCUUUUGCCCCUGGACAGGUUGUUCCUGGUCACCCCAGCCCCAUCGUCAAUGCUUUCCCCACUGCAGUGCCAAAUCAAGAUGCUCCCCAGGUGCUACACAGCAUCAACCCUGCUGCUUCUGGGACUCUCAGGUCGUACCCUGUCCCAGCGCAUGUGGCCCGGGUACCUGCCCAGACGGUGGCAGAUCAGGGCCAGCCUCGGGUGUGCCUGUCUGGGGGGAACUCGGAGUACAGUGUCACGAGCGACGAGGACGAGGUGGACAGGGUGGACACCACGCCCGUGAGAGACAGCGACUCCCAGAGUGGCACGGGCACGCCGGCCGUCCUCAAGGCCAAACCACUCAGCCCGGAGAAGACCGCCAAGAAGGUCAUGACUCUCCAAUACCUCCUAGGGGAGCUGAAAGCACUGGUUGUGAACCAGGACAGUGCAGCUGUGCAGCUGAUCAAUGAGGUGGAGAACAGCAUCUGUCUCCUGCCAGCUAUGGUGGGCUCCACCAACAUCCAGGCUGAGCUCGCUUUGGCUCUGCAACCACUACGCAGUGAGAAUGUACAGCUCCGCAGGCGCCUAAGGAUCCUUAAUCAGCAGUUGACGGAGCGCGAGCGAGCAGAGAGAGAGGCCAGGCCUGUGGACUGUGACCUAGAGAUGACCUCGCUUCAGUCCCUCAACCUGACCCUGCAGCUCCAGCUAAGGGAGACCCACAAGGAGAUGGAACAGGUACAGCUGGAGAACAAGGAGCUACGGCAAACUGUGGAGGACAAAGAGAGCGAGCUACAGCUGAGCAGACAGCAAAGUGAAACAGAGAGCAGUCGCAUAAGGAUUGAUGUCUGCGAUGCUUUAUCUGAAAUGAGAAACUAUCAGAGUAAACUGGAGACUUCUAUGAUGGAGAAUACUGCACUGUCAAGCUCUCUCCAGCAGAGGGAAGCAGACAUCUUCAGACUGCAGGAGGUCAUUAGGAAUCUUCAAGGGAAACUCACAGCGACUUCCACAGAUUAUCUUGAAGUGAUGGAAGCACCCAAGUCAAACCACCAGCUCAGGAAACACAAUCUGGAAGUGCAUCAGCAGGAGCAGAUGAGUUCCUGUGGAGCCGACGACGUCUCUGACUCUGUCAAAAUAUACUUUCACUCAAUGGAAGAGGGAAAUAUGAGCUCUUCCCCUCCACGGUCUCAUCUCAGCCCACAGAAGACCCCAACUAGCCCCUCUGCACAGUGGAGAGGUGCUGGGCUCAGUCCUCCACGUGAGAAACUGUACCCCCCCAGAUGCCAGGGUGUGGGCAUGGGGGGAAAGGAAAGCUACAGUGUGGGUAGUGAGCGAAGGCUGGGUGGGACUGAGUUUGCCCCUUUGAAAGAGAGCGGAGUGGCACGGGCAGAGGCGAAUGGGUCUCCUAUAAGGAUGGAGAGGUUUGUAGAAGAAUCUGGUGCCUUGAAGUCUUUAACUGCCAUCAUGGAUAGAAUGGCCUUCACAGCCAGGGGACUGCCAUGUGUGGACGGCAGUAGACCAUCGAAUAACACUGGUGCAACCUCUCACUUUAAAGUCAACCCUGGUGUCCUCCCUGUCCCAUCAUGGACUUCUAAAAAGUUGGAGCUGGGCGGGACGCCAGCAUACACAGGGCGGCCAUCCAUAAUGGAAAGUUCACUCUCUUCCUCCAACAGCGAGUCCCAAACCUCUGACUGUAGCAUGAACUCCUGGUCUACCUUCAACACGCGUGACGAGGAGGUCUUCCGCACCGGCCUGGUAGCACUGGAUGCCAGUAUAGCCAGGCUUCAGAGAACCCUGGAGGUCGAUCUGAAGAAAUGAGGAUGCUGAGCCUUCUACAUAGGACUCUAAUUACUGAACUGUUAGUGUGAAAUCCCUAAUAGAAGGAGUACAGAACAACAGCGUGUUUUUAACUGGAUAUGUGUGUGUGUGUGUGUGUGUGUGUGUGUGUGUGUGUGUGUGUGUGUGUGUGUACAUGUAUGUGUCUGUUGUUGUGUGGUUUUUAAUCACUGGUUUAAAUUAUUGAAUUGUAAUAAAAAAAUAUUCUUGAGGAUA